GGCGCCGCGGGCGGGCUAGGGCCGCGGACGACGCGCCGGCGCGGGGCUCGCCUGGGCGCGGGUGUGCGGCGCUGUGAGCGGGCGACACGGGCGCUGCGGCCCGCCCGGGAUGGGCCAGCUCCGGCUUGGCGGGGCCGAGCCGGAGGCGGGGGCUACGCGCGGGCCAGGCCUGCCGGGCGGGCGGCCCGGGGGCUGAGGCAGAAGUGGGCGCGGAGGAAGGGGCCGAGCCAAGGCGGUGGGUGGAGCGGCGAGGGGGGCGGAGGCUGGGCCGCGGCGGGCGAGCGGAGCGGCGCGCCUGUCCGGAGCUCGGCGGUGGCGCCGGAGGAGGCUGAGGCGGCGGCGGCGGCGGCGGCGGGCCGGACGAGCGCCCGGAGGUGGCGGACGAGGCGCCGGGGUCCCCCAUGGGCGGGUGUGUGGGCGCCCAGCACGACUCCUCAGGCAGCCUCAACGAGAACUCGGAGGGCACCGGAGUUGCUUUAGGUCGUAACCAGCCUUUGAAAAAGGAGAAACCAAAAUGGAAAAGUGAUUAUCCUAUGACAGAUGGACAACUGCGCAGCAAGAGGGACGAAUUUUGGGAUACUGCACCAGCUUUUGAAGGUCGUAAAGAGAUUUGGGAUGCCUUGAAGGCUGCUGCACAUGCUUUUGAGAGCAAUGAUCACGAACUGGCACAAGCAAUCAUUGAUGGUGCAAACAUAACAUUACCACAUGGUGCACUUACAGAGUGCUAUGACGAACUGGGGAACAGAUACCAGCUUCCAGUCUAUUGCUUGGCACCACCAAUCAACAUGAUAGAGGAAAAGAGCGACAUAGAGACUCUGGAUAUUCCUGAGCCACCACCCAAUUCUGGAUAUGAAUCUCAGCUCCGUUUGCGCCUUUCUACAGGCAAAGACCUCAAACUUGUGGUUCGUAGCACAGACACGGUUUUCCACAUGAAGAGACGGUUACAUGCAGCAGAAGGAGUGGAACCGAGUAGUCAGCGGUGGUUCUUCUCUGGCAGACCUCUCACCGACAAAAUGAAGUUGGAAGAGCUGAAGAUCCCAAAGGACUAUGUUGUACAGGUUAUAGUGAGCCAACCUUUGCAGAACCCAACACCAGUUGAAAACUGAACUGGUCCUAUUGGCUGGAUCCCUCUGCUCCUUUUUAUUGUGUUGUCAUUUCCUACUCUAUGGCGUGAAAUUUAUUUUCACUGCUCUAAAUUCCCUAUGAAUGGAUUUAGUUCUGAGGAAUUACCAGUGAAAAAUUCCAUCUGUGAUGGAGACCAACAAAAAUAAUAAAAUACAAAGAGCCAGCCUUUGAGACUCAUGUAAUUACAAUUUCUAAUUUGAGAAGCAGUUAAGAAAUAGAUAACCAUUUAUUUUAAAACUCAACAACUAUGUAAUGGCUGUGUUUAAAUGAUUUGGACUGUAAAUGGAAUGAUGCAUCCAUGAAGAACAGCACCAAGCACCUUUUGAAUACAGAUUUUUAAAAAAUAUAUCAAAUUAUAUACCCAGAAACCAUCCAGAAUAGCUAUAAAAUAUAAGCUUUUUUUAAAAUAGAAACUGAAAAGAGCAGUAUUUGAGGUUUGCUUCUAUUCUGGUUUUUUAUUCUUAGCUCAAUUAAUAUUUAGCCAUAAAGGAGUAGAGACUGGCAAAUUGCACUUCAGUGUUGCUCUCCCCAUCCCCACAUGUUGAACUCCUUAUUACAUUCACACUAAAUUUUGGUGCCUUCCAGCACAUUGGGGGCAGGCACCCUUCUGGAACACUAGGCAAUAAUUUAGUCAAUGCAGUCUCUGGUUUUCAAUUGAUACUCAGUUGAAAAGUCUUUUAUCCUCUUACUGCAUAGGCAUUUUGAAAGGUCUAUAUAAUGAAGCUGUUUUCAUAUCUAGGCUUAGAAGGUCACUACUAUAUAAUACCUUCGUUGAUCUAGCUACUCUGCUUAGAACUUUUCAUAGCUAACUAUGACUCCAAAUGCAUAGUUCCUGGGCCGGGGAACACAGGAAUCAAGUACAGUUGUUCCCACUACAGGAUAAUAAAGUAAUUGUUCUCUUCUCCUCCACUUUGCAGGAAGAGUGUAAGCAAAAACCAUUCUAUCUGUGCCUGGGAGAACUGUGCCUAUUUUCAAUCUUUUAGAGAAAAUUUCAUCAAAAUUUAUAAGUGUGAAAGGUUUACUGGCAUCACCUAAACAUCAGCAGUGAGACCAAAUAAUGAAACAUUGCUUUAUAACUUAGUGGUUUCCAGUUCAGUUACCUCUACUGAUGGUGGGUGACAAUGUCCAGUGAGAUAACCUGAUUCUUCUGUACUGUGACUGGAAUAAAGCUACCAAGGAUUUUGUUUAAUUUGGAGCCUUUAAAAGGUGGUUCCUUACGUGAGAAGGAGGCUAAGACUUGACCACUGUACUCCUGAGAAUCCAUGAGGUGGAAAAGUAGAGGCCAGAAGGCACUUACGCUGUCCUCAAUUGGGAAAUAGCAAUCCUCCACACUUGUUUGGAUGGGAAACACCGUUAUUGAUUCUAAUGGUGAAAUGAAACUGCUAAUGAGUUUAAAUGUAAUGUUUAAAAUGGUAUUACACUUUACAUAGCCUGAUUAAAUAUACCUAUAAUUGUAACUUACCAUGUUUCUGAGAGCUUUAACUAUUAAUACUUCCCUAUUUUUAUGCAAUCAUUUUAAAGAUUCUAGCUGUAUCCAAUUUAGGAUUGCUGAUGACUGAAUCUAAAUUCAAGAGAAAACAGCAUUAAUUCCAAAGGAGAAUUUUGUACUUAGAGGUGGAGGUAUAAGAAUAUUUCAGUAUGUUGCCCUGUCAUCAAAAGGUUUUGUUCAUUUGUAUGCCACAUUGAGUAGCAGCAUCUCUCAAAGUUUAUCAACUGGAAGAAAGUGUUUAAGCCUGUUUUUCUUAAGGAAAAUUGGUGAUGUCAUCAAUAUCUAUGAUUGAUAAAAGGUCUUGUUUGUUGAGGAUUUGAGCUCUCUUAAGAGUUUAUUUUAAAGGAACGUAUACUUUGAAUAACAAUUUCUGGGCAUGUUCAACUAACCUAGGUGAGAAAUCCAUGGUGCUGUUUAAUUGUAAAUAGAUUGAUAUAAGAUUGGACCAAUACUUGAUGUGUAUAAUUUUAGUAUGUAGGGUUUUUGUGCUUUUUUUAAAAAAAAAAAAGUUCAAUUUU